AUGGCUUCCGUGCGGAUCCGAGAGGCCGAGGAGGGAGACUGUGGAGACAUUCUGAGGCUGAUUCGGGAACUGGCUGAGUAUGAGAAACUCUUGGAUCAGGUGAAGAUCAGUGAAGAUGCCCUGAGAAUAGAUGGUUUUGGAGAGAACCCUUUCUAUCACUGUGUGAUAGCAGAGAUUCUUCCGGCUCAGGAUGAGCCACAAGGGCUGCAUGUGGUGGGCUAUGGGCUGUACUAUUUCACCUACAGUACAUGGAAGGGACGCAAUGUGUAUCUGGAAGACAUCUACGUGAUGCCGGAAUAUAGGGGUCAGGGGAUUGGUUCCAAAAUAAUCAAAAAGGUGGCUGAGGUGGCCCUGGAUAAGGGCUGCUCCCAGCUACGCCUGGCAGUACUGGACUGGAACAAGAAGGCCAUGGAUCUAUACAAGGCUCUAGGAGCCCAAGAUCUGACUGAAGCAGAGGGCUGGCAUUCCUUCCGCUUUGAAGGAGAGGCCAUGAGAAAGCUGGCAGGAAGGUGA